GAGCGUAAAGUCCCAACCUCAAGAGAAGUCUUCAUAACCAACACCUUAUUUCAGGCCCUUUAAUUCUCCCCUGGCUGUUCAGAUAGCCAAGCGCAGGGUCGAAUCAGAAUACGCUGUGGUGGGGACUUGGGAGGAGACCAACAUAACUCUUACAGUUUUGGAGCACUAUAUUCCCCGAUAUUUCGCUAGAGCUAAAAUGAUAUAUCACAUGUACCAAAAGACCUUACAGAAUCGCAAUCGCAAUAACAGAAAACCCCAGGUGGACCCAGACGUCAGGGCCAUGGUCAGGCGUAACUUCACCCAUGAAUACGACUUUUACUACUUCUGCAAACAGCGUCUAUAUAAGCAGUAUAUAGCCCUCAAGCGAUAUGAUAUGGAACGACUGAUUAACCCCUAACUUCUAAGACUGAUCUAUCUUUAGUUAUUGACAUAGUUUCUUUGUAGCUCUUUAAUAAAGUACUCAAUAGUUAAUGUAACUAACAAGUAAAAAACCCUUAGGAAGUCUUUGAAAAUCAUAAGUCCAAUUCAAUUUAUA